GUCGAAGUGCGCAUUAGUCCAAGCAAAUCCAAACAGCCAAAAAAGGGAACAAUUCUCUCCCUCCCCGCUUGCCUCUCUUCGUUGGGACAACGACAACUCACACCCACUCAAAUAAGCACCAGCCGUCAGCCACCACCACCUCCUGUCUUUUCGCUGCCAAACUUAGCACUCCCCGUUGCUGUUGCUGUUGCUGUUGAAGACAGAGGCAUCCCCUCCCCACUCGAUUGUGCAGCACGCAUUCGUUUCUUAUUCGGGCCACCACAGCCAACGAAAGAGCCGAAAACAACCACCACAUCAACACAACCAGGCCACCAUGCAGACCAUCAAGUGCGUCGUUGUCGGUGAUGGUGCCGUCGGUAAGACGUGCCUUCUCAUCUCCUACACAACCAACAAAUUCCCCAGCGAAUACGUGCCAACGGUGUUCGACAACUAUGCUGUCACGGUCAUGAUUGGCGGCGAGCCGUACACACUCGGUCUUUUUGACACAGCUGGUCAGGAGGAUUACGACCGCCUCAGGCCGCUCUCCUACCCGCAGACGGACGUCUUCCUUGUCUGCUUCUCCGUCGUUUCCACAUCCUCGUUUGAGAACGUCAAGGAGAAGUGGGUGCCGGAGAUCCAACAUCACUGCCCCAAGACGCCGUUCCUCCUCGUCGGCACGCAGAUUGAUCUCCGUGACGACGAGCAAACCAUCCUCAAGCUCCAGAAGAGCAAACAGAAGGUUGUGUCGGUUGAGAUGGGCGAGAAGCUUGCGCGCGACACGCGGGCAGUCAAGUAUGUGGAGUGCUCUGCGCUGACGCAGAAGGGCCUGAAGAACGUGUUUGACGAGGCAAUCCUGGCUGCACUCGAGCCACAGGUCGACACCAAGGGCCGCAAGUGCAUGCUCCUCUAAACCCUCCAACCACAAGUGUUGCACCUCCUCCACCGUGUUCGUAUCGUCUUGGAAUUCCGUCGUGCCUUUUAUCGCCCGUCCGUUGUCUCUACCCGUCUCGUCUCCCAUCUUCUCCCAACAGCGACAGCAACAACGUCCCACCAGAUGUGAAGAUGUGCAGCUUCCGCGUGAUGCUCCAACCACGACAACGGCAGCGACAGCAACACCACCACCAGUUUCAGUUACCUGCGCAUUGCUGGUGCGGUGCGGCGAGUGACCCAGCGUGGCAAGUUUGCCUGGAUGUUCGUUCAUUCAUCAUAACUCGCUUUCGUUGCGGCGCUUGCAAUGUCGAUGCUAUUGCUGCGUGUGUUUGAUUUCGCGUGUGCACUCUCAGUGUGUGUUCUUCGUUGUUGUCUUUAGUUGUCAGGAUGGGUGUCUUUCCUUGUGUCAGCUCUCUCCUUGUGUGUCCAUCUUUCCCAAAUUGCUGGUUUCCCCUUUGCCCCCCCCUUCCCCCUGUUUCCUUUUCUGUAUGGCUUGACGUCUUUUUGUUUGUGCUUGAGCUGUGUCUUGCGCGUUGCUCGCCACGCUUUGCGUGUGCGUGUGAUGCGUAUGUCACAUUUGUCCCUUUUGCUUACUGCCCUCUCUGGCGUGCGUGUGAAGUGUCGCUUUCUCUUUUCACUGCACGGCUGUGCUCGUUGCGUGUGUGGUUGAUUGUGAUGAUUUGUCUCUCAAGUGUGCGUGUGUGCGUGUGUGUUCAUGCAUGUGACCCAUGGUUCCCACACAUCGUGUCUGUUCCCCCUUUCCCCUUUUGUUCCUGCUUGCUUGGUUAGCCCACCGUGAUCACCUUUCAUCUCGUGUGAACACAUGUGCGUCGUGUGUUGUUGUUGUUGUUGUUGUUGUUGUCGUCGUUGUUUGGCACUGUGUUGCUGGGAGCACGUGCGUGUACAGGUGAACGUGCGUGCGUGUGCAUGUGUGCGCGCGUGUGCGUGUGUGCGUGUGUGUGUGUCGAGCUCAACUCUUUAAAAAAAGCGUUUAUCUGUCA